AUGUUAAUUCCGGGUUUCUUACUCUUAUUGGUCUCGGUGAUUUUAUUCAGACUCAAGAUGGGCGAGAGUGACCUUGAAAUUAUAGCUUCCCUGUUGCCCUUGCCGCAAUGGACCCAAACGCCUGAGGAAAUAUUGGCUGAGGCCCGGAAGAUAAUCGCCAGUGACGUAGCCUUCUAUGACAAAAUAGCGGCCGUUCAAGACCCGACUGUGGAGAAUGUUUUGCAACCCACCAUUGACGACGAGAACUCUUCGUAUUUGGCUUCGAAUAAACUCACUUUUUACCAAUACGUGUUUCCAGAUAAGGCGGUGAGGGACGCCUCCACGGAAGCGGAGAACUUGUUGGACCAAAGCGCCAUUGAGCAAAAUUUGAGAGUCGACGUGUUUAAAGUGUACAAUGAAUUGUGGGAGAAGAUCAAGGGCACGAAUGCUACAGACCCGGAGUCUAUGAAAUUUUUGGAGAAAACUGUGAAGAAUUUCAAGAGGAAUGGGUUGGCUUUGCCAGAGGAGAAGCGGGAGCAGGUCAAAAAGCUUAAGAUGCGUUUGGCUGACUUGCAAACCAAAUUUGCUAAGAAUUCAAAUGAGGAGAAUGGGCGCUUGACAUUUACUUUGGAAGAACUUGCUGGCGUUCCAGAAUCAGUCAUCGAGCAGUUUGAGAAGGUCACCGAAGAUGGCCAGGAAAAUUACCAGGUUACAUUUAAGUAUCCAGACAUUUUACCCGUUUUGAAGUAUGCUAAGGUGGAGGAAACUAGAAAGACAGCUUACAUUGAGAACCAGAAUAAAGUGCCCGAGAAUGUCCCCAUCUUGAAGGAGAUUGUCGACAUUAGAUUCAAGCUUGCAAAGCUUUUGAACUAUGACACCUAUUCUGACUUUGUGCUCGAGGAGAGGUUGGCCAAAACGCCCGGCAACGUCCUUUCAUUCUUGGAAGACCUCAAGAGUAAGCUUACUCCGGUGGGCAAUCGAGAGUUGCAGAAAUUGAAGGACCUCAAGAAACAGUACUUGUUGAAGGCAGGCCUUCCAGAGCAAGAUGAGUACUUUGCGUGGGAUCAUGCCUUCUAUGGCAAUUUACUCUUGGAGCAGGAGCAUCAGGUGGACCACCAGAAAAUAUCCGAAUUCUUCCCAUUGGACAGGACCAUUUCAAAGAUGCUUGGUUUCUACGAGAAGUUAUUUGACGUGAAGUUUGUGAGUGUCAAUAACACUGACCCUCUGUCUGUGUGGCACCAAGAUGUACGCAAAUACGCCUUAUUUUCCAACAUCGAACACGGUGAGCCCAAAAAUGAGUUUAGAGGGUGGAUCUUCUUUGAUCUCCACCCAAGGGACGGUAAAUACACCCAUGCCGCCAAGUUCGAACUCAACCCUGGAUUUGAAAAGCCAGAUGGAUCUCGGCAAACUCCAUUUUGCGCCUUGGUGUGCAAUUUCACCAAACCUAAGAAAGAAAAACCCUCGUUAUUGAGACACAGCGAGGUGACCACCUUCUUCCACGAGCUCGGUCAUGGUGUACACAGUUUAUUGUCAAAGACAAAGCAUGGCAGGUUCCAUGGCACCCAUGUCCCCCGAGACUUUGUGGAAUGUCCCUCGCAAAUGUUGGAGUUCUGGACUUGGUCCCCCAAUGAACUCAGAGAGUUGUCAUCUCAUUACGAGACGGGUCAGCCACUCACUGAGGAGUUGCUUGAGAAUUUGAUUAAAUCGAAGCGUGUUAACACGGGGUUGGCCAACUUGCGUCAGCUCCAUUUCGCUCUUUUUGACAUGCAUCUUCACACAAUUGCAGAUGAGCAGGGCCUUGCUGCAGUUGAUUUCGACAAGUUGUGGAACGAGUUGCGUGAAGAAAUCACUUUGGUUGGUAAUGGUGGUUUGACAACGAGAGGCUACGGUACUUUCGGACACAUUGCCGGUGGCUAUGAAAGUGGUUACUACGGAUACUUGUACUCCCAGGUAUUCGCGACCGAUAUCUACUACACUCACUUCAAAGAGGAUCCCAUGAAUGUCGAGAGAGGUUUGAAGUAUCGCGACACUAUCUUGAAGAACGGAGGUUCGAAGGAAGUGUUGGAUAUCUUGAAAGAGUUGCUUGGCAGGGAGCCUAACGCGAAGGCUUUUACCUUGGAAUUGUUGGGUAGUGCCUAA